UUAGCGCGCCGCUCGUUUCCGGCUGUGCAGAACUCCACUCACCCUCCUUCCGUUGUGUCCAGUGCUGCUUCAAAACCGGCGCGAUGGGCAAGAAGGGAAAGAAGGAGAAGAAGGGCCGCGGCGCGGAGAAGACGGCCGCCAAGAUGGAGAAGAAGGUGUCCAAGCGUUCGCGGAAGGAGGAGGAAGACCUGGAGGCCCUCAUAGCCCACUUCCAGUCCCUGGACGCCAAAAAGACCCAGGUCACAGAGACUCCGUGUUCUCCACCUUCCCCGCGGUUAAAUGCCUCCCUGUCUGCUCACCCUGAGAAAGAUGAAUUAAUCCUUUUCGGAGGUGAAUAUUUCAAUGGCCAAAAAACCUUCAUGUAUAAUGAACUGUACAUCUACAGUAUCAGGAAGGACACCUGGACAAAAGUUGACAUUCCUGGCCCACCUCCAAGGCGCUGUGCUCAUCAGGCUGUGGUGGUACCUCAGGGUGGUGGGCAGCUGUGGAUCUUCGGUGGGGAAUUUGCAUCUCCCGACGGCGAGCAGUUCUACCAUUACAAGGACCUCUGGGUCCUGCACUUGGCCACCAAGACCUGGGAACAGAUUCGAUCAACUGGGGGGCCUUCAGGUCGGAGUGGACAUCGGAUGGUAGCCUGGAAGCGACAGUUAAUUCUUUUUGGUGGCUUCCAUGAAAGCACAAGGGACUACAUCUACUACAGUGAUGUGUACACCUUCAGUCUGGAUACCUUACUGUGGAGCAAGCUGUCCCCAUCAGGCUCUGGGCCCACGCCCAGGUCAGGCUGCCUGAUGGCUGUCACCCCCCAGGGCAGCAUAGCCGUCUAUGGGGGCUACUCAAAGCAGAGAGUCAAGAAAGAUGUGGACAAAGGCACCCAGCACUCAGACAUGUUCCUGCUGAAGCCUGAGGAAGGGGGAGAAGGCAAAUGGACUUGGACCCGAAUUAACCCUUCAGGGGUCAAGCCUACUGCAAGGUCUGGCUUUUCUGUGGCAGUGGCUCCAAAUCAUCAGAUACUCCUUUUUGGGGGCGUGUGUGAUGAGGAGGAGGAGGAGAGCCUGGAGGGCUCUUUCUUCAGUGACCUGUAUGUCUACGAUGCCAGCAGGAGUCGCUGGUUUGCAGCACAGCUGAAGGGCCCCAAGUCGGAGAAGAAGAAACGGAGGCGGGGCAAAGUAGAGGAGCAUGAAGAUGCCACUGAACAGGAGAAUGGGGGGACCAGUGCCCCAGAGCCGCUGGAGGUGAUAAAAGAGGUGGUGACCGAAGAUGGGACAGUGAUCACCAUUAAACAAAUGCUUGCUCCCUCUGGGUUGGUGGUGCGACCCUCACCUAAGGCUGAAGACAAUGCAGUGGAGACUAGCAGCACUGGGCAGGAGCCAUGUCCACGUUCCAAUGCCAUGCUGGCUGUCAAGCACGGACUGCUCUAUGUCUAUGGUGGCAUGUUUGAAGCUGGUGACCGCCAGGUGACCCUUAGUGACCUCUACUGCCUUGACCUUCACAAGAUGGAAGAAUGGAAAACCUUAGUAGAGAUGGAUCCAAAAUCACAGGAAUGGCUGGAGGACACAGACUCCGAUGAAGAGGACAGCAGCUCGGAUGAAGAGGGUGCAGAGGGGGGAGGUGAAGACCAGGAAGAGGACAGUAUGGAGGACAGUGCUGAGGAGGGAGCAGAUCCACAGCACCCUGAGGUGGCGUCUGGGGAGCAGUAUGAAGAGUACCUGACCCGGACUGAGCAGUACUGGCUGAAGCUUGCCCGGAACCACAUGGGGCACGAUGCAAAGGAGAAGAAAGUGUUCAAAGUAGCCCAGGCCAUGGCAAAAACAUUCUUUGAUGAUACAGUUGAAGACACGGCACAGGCCAAACAUUAGACUGAGCGAUGGCUUCACCAGGCAGAGGAGAGGCCCUGCAGAGUUUGUCCUCUGUGGAGCCCUGCAUGUCAGGAGAAUGAUGAGGGCUUCACUGCCUUCACAAUGGCUGCUGUCCGUACCGAGGGAAGGUUAGCGUGACCUGUGGAUGUGAGGGACCCAUAGGAUGUGUGUUUCUGUCCUAAUAAAACAGGGCUGUGUGCUCUCUAA